CCUUCGUUCCAUCAACUAGCAUUUAUGAAAUUUAACUCUACCUCCGUUUAGCAUCGAUCCAAACAUAACUUCAAUUAAAUCCCUUCUUGGAUUACUAAAAAGUAAUCAAACGGGAAAUCGGAAAGAAAGAAAAAAAAUCCAAGAUCGAUCACGAAGUGUUUGCUUUAAUUUGAGUUUCCGUGCUUUAAACUACCAGAACUGAGCUAAGCUUGUAGAGAAAGAUGAACAAUUCAAGCGGCGAAGAAGAAGCAGCAACAGCAUUGUCAAGAGCUGCAAAAUCCACUGACGAACUUUACCUUCUCCGAGACACCUAUUUCCCCCAAAACCCUAGCGAUAGAAUCUCCAAAUUGCAACAACUUUCCGAUCUCAUUCUCAAUCUCCUCGAUUCCGUUCCUCCAGAAGAAAGAAAAUCGCCUACGCAACGGGCAGUAUUUGAAUAUCUUAAAGGGAAAGUGUUAGAUGUAUAUCCCGAAUAUAAGAAAGAGGCUGAGGAUCAUCUAUCAAAAGCAGUUAAGUUGAACCCGUCUUUUGCAGAUGCUUGGCUAUGUUUAGGAAACUGUAUUUGGAAAAAAGGAGAUUUAUCUGCAGCAAAGAACUGUCUCAAUCUUGCAUUAAACAAGGGUCCUGACAAAAAGAUUCUUUGCCAAUUAUCAAUGCUUAAAAGAAAAAUGUCUCAAGGUGCGGAUAAUCAAGCAGAGCUUGUUGAUGAAAGCAUUCAACAUGCAAAGGAAGCAAUUGCUUUGGAUGUCAAGGAUGGAGACUCUUGGUAUAAUCUUGGAAAUGCAUACCUUACGAGUUUUUUUGUCACUGGAGGUUUGGAUCAUACCAGACUUUCACAUUCUUUAAAAGCAUAUCAAAAUGCUGAGAAAGAUGAAGGGAUCAAGUCCAAUCCAGACUUUUACUUUAACAGUGCCACUGCUAACAAAUAUCUAGAGAACUAUGAGAGGGCGCUUAGUGGAUUUGAGGCUGCUGCUUUGAAGGAUCCAGGUCUCAAUGCUGCAGAGGAUGUUCAGAAAAUUGUCAAUAUACUUGACAAGGUGGACAAUCUUUUAAGGGUACAUGUAAGAGCUAAACGAAUCGCCACUUUGGCAGCAUCAUUGGCUGCUGUAAAUUUGAAAUCGCCCUACAGAACAGUUACCGUAGACCUUCUGUCAGAGGGUCUUAAUAGAGCUCUAGCAGUAGAUGGGAAGGUAUUAUUCUAUAUUAGUAGUGAUGGUGUUGCUCCACUAUACUAUUUGCUCUGUGAUUCAAACCGAACUUGCUUUGUUCUCUCAGUUUAUGGUGUACGGGAAGAUGUGAUUAAAGGAGGAGACCAGCUCACAUUGCUUGAUCCUUGUUUUCGCGACGUUGAUGUUACCUGGAAGGAGAAGCAUUACCAGUUCAAAUCUAUACGCGUGGAUUUCUAUGAGCAAAUGCUUGUUAAUGGAAAAGCUCUGACUCCUCAACAAGCUAUUCAUUCAUCGAUAAUCGCACAACAUAAACCAUGAACAGAUCACUGCUAAAUAGAUAUGUCCUCUACUUCUGCUUGUCUUUGAUUGAUGGUGAGAUGGUAUUGUAUGCUGUGGAUAGUUAGUUGAUACAUGUAUAGAGGUUGCAUUUAUUGUCCAAGUUUGUGGGUUACAAACACAGAAUAGGAAAAGAUACUGGAGUGUAAAGAUUCACACUUGAUUUUCUAGUUUUACCAUCAAGUUUAUUUUAUUUUUUUCUUUUUGAUGCUUCAAAACAACGUUGCUUAUGUAAUAUUCUGGUAGAAUGUUGUAUCCAAGUGUAAUCUUGCACAUUA